AUGGGCAGCGUUCGGGAAACUACGGAGAAUCUACGCGUCCAGUAUCCCGCAGUAUCUGAACACGGAAGUCUUCAACUAGUGUGUGUUGACAUAUGGAUCCGAGACGUGGUCGAUAAAUAUGGGCCUCAUAAGAAGGCUCAAAGUCGCUCAGCGGGCAAUGGAGAGGACAAUGCUCGUAUGUUUAAAAAAAAAUUAAAAAUAGUUGCUUUCAUCUCAAUAUUCUGGUCUGUUGCGCUACUGACUAUUAUCAAAAAGUUUAAAGCUAAUUCUAUGUUCACUGAUCAACAGUCAUUUGAAAACAGUUUGAAGACAUUUAUAAAAUGGAACAAAAAUGGAACAAUGCAAUUAGAGGCUUGGAAUCUUCUUGGAACGAGUGGUCCGCGUACAUCUUUUAAAGAUAAGUUAUCAGCAAUAAAGAAUAAAGAGUUUCCGUUAGGUCAUUUUGGGAAAGCGGUUCAUACAAAAGAUAAUAUUAAAGGAACAAUACGACUGCAGGUAGAGAAAGGCUGGCGAGAUAAUGCGUUUAAUCAAUUCAUCAGUGAUGUGAUACCCGUUGAUCGUACUUUACCGGAUUUCAGGAACAAAUGGUGCCUUAAAAGGAACUAUUCGACGAGUAUACCCGAAGCAUCGAUAGUAAUUUGUUUUCAUAACGAAGCUUGGUCGACUCUCUUGCGUACUAUUCAUUCUGUAAUAAAUAGAUCGCCUCGACAUCUAUUGGAGAAAAUAGUACUGGUCGAUGACUACUCCAAUAUGAAUCACCUUAAAACUCAGUUGGAUGAAUAUAUUAAAAACUUUACCCUGAUCAAAUUGAUACAUACUAAAAAACGAGAAGGACUUAUCAGAGCACGAAUAAUAGGAACAAAACAGGUUAAAACACCAGUCGCUGUAUUUCUUGACAGCCAUUGUGAAUGCACUGAAGGGUGGUUGGAGCCUUUGUUAGAACGUAUAUCUCAAAAUCCAAAAACUGUUACGAGUCCUGUUGUAGAUCAUAUCGAUGGUUCAACUUUCGAAUACAUAUCACAGGACCCUAAUGACCUCCAAAUUGGUGGUUUUGACUGGAGCUUAAGAUAUAUCUGGCGACCCAUACCGCACUAUUUAAAAGCUAAAAGACAAAAUUUGAUGACUCCGGUCGAGACGCCAACUAUUGCAGGAGGUCUUUUUGCUAUCGAUACGAAAUUCUUUAAGAAUCUAGGAUAUUAUGACGAAGGGUUCGAUAUAUGGGGUGGAGAAAAUUUGGAGCUAUCAUUCAAAGUGUGGAUGUGUGGCGGCUCUUUGGAGAUUGUUCCCUGUUCUCAUGUGGGGCAUAUUUUCCGAGAAAGGUUUCCUUAUUACACUACAAAGGGAUCUUUUAAAAGGAAUUCCGUGCGAUUGGCGGAGGUUUGGCUCGAUGAAUACGCCAAAUUUUAUUUUCAAAGAAUCGGAUUCAUGAAAGGCAAUUAUGGAGAUAUUUCGAAGAGAAAAGAACUACGGAAAAAUUUAAAAUGCAAUUCUUUUGACUGGUAUUUAAGGAACGUAUACCCUGAAAUGAAAAUACCCAUCGAUAUAGCUGGUAGUGGACAGAUUUAUAAUACUGAUACUAAUAGGCGUAAUUCUCAAUGCCUUGACGCCACAUCUUCUCGAAAUACCCUCGAAACAGUAAAUCUUCUACCUUGUCAUCACCAAGGAGGAAAUCAAUUCUGGUUGUAUACUAAAGAUGGCAAAAUUCGGUUCGAUCACCUAUGCUUAGAUUAUCUUCUUGGUCUUGUAACUCUGUUCCGUUGUCGGGAAGGCGCUGCUACUCAAGUUUGGCUGUACGAUAGUAAGACUAAAUACAUUCGCCAUAUUCAUACCCAAGAUUGUCUUAAAGUUGCCAGAACUAAACUUGGCCUUCAAGUUAUACUCGAGACAUGUAUGGGUGAUAACUCACAAAAAUGGAGAAUGGAAAACUUCAACGUUGAAAAUUUGUCCCUUGAAUUACAAAAUGAAGUUCGUAAACAUAUGUAA